AUAAAAGGUUCGAGACGGGGAGAGAUCCAUAUAGAAGUGGCUAAAGAAACACCGACUCGAGUGGGAGAAAGGGGAAAGGAGAUUCGAUCUGGAGCACGCGUCUGCCGAUCGGGAGACGCCGCCAUCGCCGCUUGGCUUCCCGGUUCUUCCAUAGAUUUCCGAUUCCUGUCAUCAGGGUUGGCGUGGCUCGGGUAGGACUCGCCGGAACCCGUUCGGAUCUCGUCGGAGGGGUCGAGCUAUCGGUCGAUCGGGUUUUCUGGGGCCGCAGGGAUGGCCGGCGCUCUGGUGGAUCGUGCGACGAGCCAUAUGCUGAUCGGCCCGGAUUGGGCGAUGAACGUCCAGAUCUGUGAUAUCCUCAAUCGUGAUCCUGGACAAGCAAAGGAUGUUGUUAGAGGCCUCAAAAAGCGUAUUGGUCAUAAAAAUCCUAAAGUUCAGCUGCUUGCACUAACACUGUUGGAAACAGUUACAAAAAGUUGUGGUGACAUUGUCCAUAUGCAUGUUGCUGAGAAAGACAUACUCCAUAAGAUGGUCAAGAUUGUAAAGAAGAAGCCAGAUUUGCAAGUCAAAGAGAAAAUUUUAGUAUUAAUUGACACUUGGCAAGAAGCAUUUGGUGGCCCUCGUGCAGCAUAUCCACAAUACUAUGCUGCAUAUCAGGACCUGUUGCAAGCUGGAGCUGUAUUUCCGCAGAGGACUGGGAGGUCUGCUUCUAUAUUUACUCCACAAAAUCAGCCUUUGACAUUGUAUCCUCCAUCUGCACGGAGUACUGAUGAUCACCAAGAAGUGCCUGAAACAUCAGUCGGAUCUGAUUUUCCUGCUUUAAGCCUGACAGAAAUUCAAAAUGCUCGUGGCAUCGUGGAUGUUCUUGCUGAGAUGUUGAAUGCCAUAGACCCUGGGAACAGAGAGGGGCUCAGACAGGAGGUUAUUGUUGACCUUGUUGACCAGUGUCGAACUUACAAGCAGAGGGUAAUGCAGCUUGUCAACACAACCACAGAUGAGGAGCUUCUUUGUCAAGGACUUGCUCUUAAUGAUGACUUGCAGCGUGCACUCGCCAAACAUGAUUCUGUUGCAGCAGGGAUUGCCGUUCAGGUGGAGAAGCCAAAAACCCUUAAAGCACUUGUAGAUGUUGAUGAUUCUGCAGCCAGCAAAGACACAGAUCAAAGGUCCAGCACAGGCACCAGUAGCAACCAGCCUCCUCUUCAGCAAUUAUCAUUGCCGGCACCUCCAGUCUCCAAUAGUUCUGCAACCUCAUUAGCAAUAGUUGAUCCAAACAUAGAUCUUCUCAGCGGAGAGGAUUAUAGUAAACCUGCAACUGAGAAUAUGCUAGCCCUUGUUCCUGUCAGUGAACCACUUACUAAUUCUGCUUCUGACCAAAACAUCUUAGCCCUUUCAGACAUGUUUUCCAACACUAGUGCUCAAGUGAACAAUAACAAUCCUACAAACGUUUCUGAUUCUUCAUUGACAUUGUCAGCCCCACAGGCUUAUCCUUCUGUAUCACCACUUCAGCUGCAGCCCCAGCUGGUGCAGCAGCCUGCCCCUUAUCCUAAUGGAAACAACCCAGGACCACCUCGAUAUGAGCAUGCGAUUAAUGAUGGUUCACAGUUAAACCAAGCAAAUACUGUGUGGAAUGGUCAAGUUAUUCCCAGCUUAACAUCACAGCAGGCAACACAAGGUUAUGGUAUAAAUGACCAAAAUGGAAUUCUUCCUCUACCCCCUUGGCAAGCUCAACCUGUGCGGACUACUGAAUUGCCUAAUUUGCAGCCUCAACCUAUGCAAAAUGGCCAUCUUGGAGGUGUGAAUUCUUUACCGGGGCCAAUUAACCAACCCGGAAGCAUGCAACUCCAAGCCCCCCAAUCCAUGCCGGGCAGCUUUAUGGGGGUAAUGCAUCCGCAAUUUAUGUUAGGAACACAGUUUGGAGGUCUGCAACCGCAGUUUGUGCAGGGUAACCAAUAUGUGGGGCAGAACGGUCAGAUGACUGCUAUAUAUUCGCAGCAAAUGCUCGGAGGACAUUUGCCUGCUAUCAAUCAGCAAACUCUCUCCGGCGUCCAGAUGACCGGUUAUGGGUACAGGAGGCAACCAGAGUCCCAGUUCUAUGAUCCAAGGGUUACUGCAUACAAUUAUUCCAGCCCAGAGGAGAUUUCCCAGAGGAUGUAUGGGCUCUCCAUGCAAGGCAAUAGCAUGUUUGUGAAUAAGACUUCUUCCAACCAGAGCUCAAUGCCCUCUUACCUGCAUCAAUCCAACAUGCCAUCAAAGCCUGAUGAUAAACUUUUUGGUGAUCUUGUUAAUAUGGCCAAAGCAAAGCAAAAUAAAGUUGGAAGCCUGUAAGAUCAGCUUGGGACCAUUUUAAAUUGUCUUUGGCAUUCUUUUAUGUUUCUGUACUUGUUCCAAUGGUUUUUGUUAUAUAAAUUUGUCUUUCGAUCGCGGAUCUCAUGCUGAAUGAUUUCCCGACAGAUUAA